AUGAUAGCGUACGUGGACUGUCUGUCCCCUGAGCUGUUGGGGGGAGGGGGCGUGAGGGUGGGGGCUCGAUGCUGGAAGGGUGGGUACAGCGAGGAUGAGGAUGAGUUGCUUCCUCUCUGCUCGAAAGAUGUCAGAAAGAUGCCCUCCCUGCAGCCCAAGAGCGAGGGCAGUCUGAGACGUCGUCUGCUCACCUCCAAGAUCCACCAGCAACGAGACACACUGUGGGCUCCCAGGCCUCUUGCCCAGGGUCCCCCGGACAACCAAGGCCUCCAGGGGCCACUACACAGACAGGACUACCCUGGCCCUUAUCCCGAGCCCAAGGCCAAACCCAGCCCCUCUGGCCUGGUGCUCCACCACCUAACAUGCUACUCCUCCCAGGGCUCCCAGCAACAUAGGCACAACACAGGCUACUCCCUGACCCAGCUACAGAGGACCAGCUAUUCUCCCCCAACCCCCGACCCCCAUCCUGGGUACAGCUUCGCCCUACCACCUUCUUCUCCUCCAGGAGCAGCCAGAUACAGCCACACUGGACCCCGAGGCUACCCAAACCCUGGAGCCCCAGGAUACCUUAACCCUGGACCCCCAGGCUACCCCAACCCUGGAUAUCCUGGCUAUACCAAAUCUAACCCAGGAUACUGUAACCCGACCUACACCACAAGCCCCAGCAGAAGCCCUAACCAAGGACACCACAGCACUGCCAAAGGACCCAGCAACUCUUACCCCAACACUGGAUAUCCUUCCCCGGGACAGGGUUCUACCUUGUCCCCCCCAGGACCCAGCAACUCUUACCCCAACACUGGAUAUCCUUCCCCAGGACAGGGUUCUACCUUGUCCCCCCCAGGACCCAGCAACUCUUACCCCAACACUGGAUAUCCUUCCCCAGGACAGGGUUCUACCUUGUCCCCCCCAGGACCCAGCAACUCUUACCCCAACACUGGAUAUCCUUCCCCAGGACAGGGUUCUACCUUGUCCCCCCCAGGACCCAGCUACAGCUCUACUUUAGGGUUCGCCCCCCAGUCCCAGCCCAGCCUCCCCUCUACCCUGCCCCAGCAGAGGAAGAGCUUCUCCCCCUUCCACCUGCUCAGACGGCGCAGCUACAACUCCAGCCACAUCCCCUUCUCACACACACCCCAACGCCAAGACUGGAGAGCGGUCAGUCUGGACAAGGACAGGAAGUGGUCAGUACACUACACUUCCCAGAAUCCUCAGCAGGAGACACGGCCCUCCUGUGUGGACAACCUCCGCACUGUUCUCAGAGGCGUGCAUGUUCCAGAGUGCGACAGGAAGCUAAGGAGCGAUGGGUACGGCAGUUCACAGUACCUCUCCCAGAACCCUGCCUACCUCAACCCUAGCCAAUCAGAGGACAGGCUGCAUGAUGACAAGGCCGGGAAGGACAGAAGCCGGAAAAAGUCUACAGCGGCAUCGCCAGACGAGGACCUCUUGGCGUAUUCGUUCCGGCCUCCGCCGAGCCCCCCAUUGAACUGUUACGAAAACAUAGAUGACACAGUUAACGGGGGCGACAUCACGACCACAGUCGCAGAGGAAACGGAAUGGACCAAGCCCCUCCCCCUGCCGACACCAGAGGAGAAGAUGAGGCAGCAGGCGCAGGCCAUCGCCGCUGACAUAGUACCCAUUAAUAUCACUGGUGAGAGUUUUGAGCGUCAGGCCAGUUUCCGGCGAGCGUUAGCCAACACAGACACUCUGAUCCGUCAUCCCCGUAACAAACUCACACGCCGCAAGACCAUCACCGGAAUACCUGAUGACGUCACCAGAGAUCUGGAACAUGAAGCUGAUGAAGGGUCAGGGUGUAGUAGAACAGUGGUUCUGCCUGGUCAGUACUCUACUUUGGGCCGGACCGGCAGUGUCAACACAGCCCUGCUACAUCGCUCUAUCAUACAGCGCUCACAGACCCAGUCACACACACCCUCACACACCCCAGAGGCUGGCCAGACGGGGGAGGAGAGAAGAGAGGAGGGAAGGUUGGACGAGGAGAGGAGAGAGGAAGAAGAAGAAAGGAAGGAGGAGAGGAGAGUGGUGAAGUCAUCAGUGCGUCGGAUCCGGGCCCAGAGAGGACAGGGCAUCUCUUCUCUGAUGGCCUCUCUCACCCCGACCCUCACCCCUAACCCCUCCCUUAAGAUUCACCCUCACCCUAGCCUCACCCUCACCCCCUCCUCUUCCAUGGGCAGUGUCUCCCUGGCGGGUGAAGAUAGUGGGGAGGGCUUCCACAGCCUCCCCCAUCAGGACACCUUGUCCUCUGUGAACAGCUGCCUCAGCACCCCCUACAGGACACUCUGCGACACUGCACCCUGCUCUAAGGACCAUGUCUUCCAGAGGCAGUCAGGGAAGGGUUGGAGCAGCAAAUCCCAGAGUCAGAGCACCUUUCUCAGGGAGGACUGGAGCUACGAGCCCCUCCUACCCUCCAGCCAUUCCUCCCCCCUCCAUCCUCUGUCCUCCAUCUCCUCCCCCUCUCAGACUGACUGCAGCUCUCUCUGCUCAUGGGACGCAGACACCGCCGGACACUCCCCCUUGCAGGGGCUCAAGUCCCACAGCCACGGCUGCAUUUCUGCCAACUACGCCACCGGCAACAACCGCUGUCCCCAGGGUAACCAAGACCACCACGGUCUCCAUAGCAACAGCUGUAACCUGUCACGCAGUAUCUCGCUGAGGAAGUCCAAGAGUCCCCCCGCUCCCCCCACCCGCUCCACAUCGUUACUGCGUAAAACUGGUCAGGGAAAACCGCUGCGAUACAACUUCAAGAAUGACCCUAACAAACCUGGAGAUAGAGAGGUGGUGGUGGUGGCGGUACAGAGGAGUCUCCAGACCCCCAGUCCUGCUCCCGUUUCUCCUCCGGUCUCCCCCGGGGGGUUUGAAGUGUUCGAGGAUCCUUGGGUCCCCCGCUGUCUUAGCCUCAGCAGUCUGAGCAGGGGGGAAAGGAGAGCUGCUGAUACAGCCAGCCAGAUCAACCAGGUCCCUCACUUCCACAGCUUCCACCAACAGCCCAACCCUGGUCAGUACCUGGACUACCCUCCCAGCUCCCACCUCAAGCAGCCUCAGCACUCUGUGCCCCGCUCAGCCAGCACUGGAGGGGUGAGCCUGCCUAUGGGACCUAAAAUGACCGCCUCUUCUCCUAAGAUGGCCGCCUCUGCAGGGAGACUGCAGCGUCUGGCCUCCAACUCCAGCGGAUACUCCAGCCAGUGCAACACCCCAACCCCCUCCUCACCCCAAACCUCCUCCUCACCCCAAACCCCCUCCUCACCCCUCCCUUCCUCCUCCUCCCUUCCACUCACCUCCUCCCUUCCCAGGACUCGUUCUACCCCUGGCAGAGGAGGGCCCAAACCCCCCAUCCCAGAGAGAAAGUCCUCCCUCCUCUCCUCCCCCUCUUCCUCCUUUUCUUCCACUUCCUCCCUCUCUUCCUACACCUCCGCUGACUCUGCCAGAUAUCCCCCUCUCCCCCCUCUUCCGCUCCUCCCUGGGUCCAACACUCCUCCCUCUCUACCUCCACCUCCACCCUACCCAUCCCUUCCACAACGACAAUCACUCCCCUCUCCUCCUCCUCUCCCUCAACUGUGCAUUUCUCGCUCUCUCCCCUCUACCCCUCCUCUACCUCAGCUAUACCUCCCAUCACCCCCUCCUCUUCCUCAGCCAUCCCUCCCAUCACCCCCUCCUCUACCUCAAGCCCCUCCAGAACUGAAAGAACCAGAGAGUCUGUCCCUCCCUGCUCCACACCGACCACUGCUCAGCAGACUGACAGAACCAGAGAGUCUGUCCCUCCCUGCUCCACACCGACCACUGCUCAGCAGACUGACAGAACCAGAGAGUCUGUCCCUCCCUGCUCCACACCGACCACUGCUCAGCAGACUGACAGAACCAGAGAGUCUGUCCCUCCCUGCUCCACACCGACCACUGCUCAGCAGACUGACAGAACCAGAGAGUCUGUCCCUCCCUGCUCCACACCGACCACUGCUCAGCAGACUGACAGAACCAGAGAGUCUGUCCCUCCCUGCUCCACACCCGACCACUGCUCAGCAGACUGACAGAACCAGAGAGUCUGUCCCUCCCUGCUCCACACCGACCACUGCUCAGCAGACUGACAGAACCAGAGAGUCUGUCCCUCCCUGCUCCACACCGACCACUGCUCAGCAGACUGACAGAACCACAGAGGCUGUUGGAACAGAAGAAGCCCUCAUUCCCUCAACAACCCCACAGACGCCUAGAACCCCUCAGAAGCCGAAAACACUGGAGAAACCUAGAAAACUGGAGAAGCCUAGAAUCCCAGAGAACCCUAGAACUCCAGAGGCUAGCAUGCUAGAGAAGCCUAGAACACGGGAGAAGCCUAGAAUCCCAGAGAACCCUAGAACUCCAGAGGCUAGCAUGCUAGAGAAGCCUAGAACACGGGAGAAGCCUAGAAUCCCAGAGAACCCUAGAACUCCAGAGGCUAGAAUGCUAGAGAAGCCUAGAACACUGGAGAAGCCUAGAAUCCCAGAGAACCCUAGCACUUCAGAGGCUAGAAUGCUAAAGAAGCCUAGAACACUGGAGAAGCCUAGAAUCCCAGAGAACCCUAGAACUUCAGAGGCUAGAAUGCUAGAGAAGCCUAUAACACUGGAGAAGCCUAGAACCCCAGAAAAACCUAAAGUGGUUGUUCUCAGUAGGCCACUGAGAGCAGUGGUUAUAAGUUCUAGCCCUCAUGCUGAGAACAGUGAACCAGUGUUACAGAACAGAGAACACACACCUCGACAGGAGACCACACCCUGCCACACCAACGGCCAACUAGAACACUCAGCGUGGGCAAACACACCCACACACUCCCCUGCUACCCCCUCCUCCACCCCCCACAAACAGAAGCCUCCUGUUGCCCUGAAGAAGCCCAAACUAUCCCUGAUCAUGCCCCCGCCCCUACUGAGGACACACCAGACAGACACACCAACACCACCACCUGUACUGACAGGUACACCUCCACAGCCCUUUGUCCCAGAGACACCACCCUUACUGGGGAUAAAUCUGGCACAGACAGAGUCCCAGACAGAGACCCAGCCAAAGCCAAAGCCUGAAUUCCCCUUCCUGAAGCGCUACCAGACUGAAUACUAUGUACCAGAGUUACCGCCAAGGCCCUGUCCUCCAGAACCCUGUGUACCAGAGUUACCGCCAAGGCCCUGUCCUACAGAACCCUGUGUACCAGAGUUACCACCAAGGCCCUGUCCUACAGAACCCUGUGUACCAGAGUUACCGCCAAGGCCCUGUCCUCCAGAACCCUGUGUACCAGAGUUACCACCAAGGCCCUGUCCUACAGAACCCUGUGUACCAGAGUUACCGCCAAGGCCCUGUCCUCCAGAACCCUGUGUACCAGAGUUACCACCAAGGCCCUGUCCUACAGAACCCUGUGUACCAGAGUUACCGCCAAGGCCCUGUCCUCCAGAACCCUGUGUACCAGAGUUACCACCAAGGCCCUGUCCUACAGAACCCUGUGUACCAGAGUUACCACCAAGGCCCUGUCCUACAGAACCCUGUGUACCAGAGUUACCGCCAAGGCCCUGUCCUCCAGAACCCUGUGUACCAGAGUUACCACCAAGGCCCUGUCCUCCAGAACCCUGCGUAGCAGUGCCACAGCAGGAGUUAGGUCCACUGGAGAUGGAGACAGACACAGAGAUAGAAGCAGAGACAAAGGCAGAGUGUGGGUCGGUGCCAUACACAGAGCUGGGGAGAUCAGAACCUGAACCAGAGGAGAGCUGGGUGAUGCAGGAGGAAGAAGAAGAGGAAGAGAAGGAGGGUGAAGAGGUGGACAGCAGUGAUUCUGGAAGUUUCUCUCUGGAAGAGAAGAGAGACGCCCUGAGCAGUGCACUGUCAACUGACAACCUGAGGGGGGCACUACUGCUACCGGGCCUGCCUCUCCAGGAGGAAGAGGGGGAACUGGGGGAGAAGAGGGAAGAGAGGCGCGGUCUGGAGACAGACAGGGCCAGCAGCUCCACAGGGUCCCUGAGCUCCAGAGAAGACAACGGUGAAGUGUUUGACAUUUCUUCAGCGGAGGAUUUGGUGACACCAGCACGACCACGGACUACCGAGGACCUGUUUGCUGCCAUACACAGGUCUAAGAGGAAAGUUCUGUGUCGCAGGAACUCUGAGGGUGAGCAAUGCUGUGUCUUCUCCUCUUCCUCCUCCUCCUCCUCCUCCUCUCCUCCAAUGACCCCUACAGGCCCUAGCCCCACCCCUCUGCGAACUCUAGAGGUGAUAGGGUCCAGUAGAGUGAGAGGUCAUAGGUCAGGGGUCAGCAGCAGCAGCAGCAGUGACAGCUUCAAGGCUCUGCUCCUGAGGAAGGGAAGUCGCUGCGACCCUGCAGCUCGCAUGUCUGCAACCGAGAGACUCCGCAUUACCGCCCCCAAACACCAGAGUCCGCCACCACAGAGACAGAGCUCACAGAGCCAGCCCCAAUCAGACACACACUUGCAACUCCGAGUGAAGUCACACACCCACACACCUCAGCCCUCUCCACACACGCACCUAGACGUACCACAGCCUCAGUACAGACAGAGACCACAGUCCAAGUCCAGCUCCUGUCCCUAGACGUACCACAGCCUCAGUACAGACAGAGACCACAGUCCAAGUCCAGCUCCUGUCCCUAGACGUACCACAGCCUCAGUACAGACAGAGACCACAGUCCAAGUCCAGCUCCUGUCCCUAGACGUACCACAGCCUCAGUACAGACAGAGACCACAGUCCAAGUCCAGCUCCUGUCCCUAGACGUACCACAGCCUCAGUACAGACAGAGACCACAGUCCAAGUCCAGCUCCUGUCCCUAGACGUACCACAGCCUCAGUACAGACAGAGACCACAGUCCAAGUCCAGCUCCUGUCCCUAGACGUGCCACAGCCUCAGUACAGACAGAGACCACAGUCCAAGUCCAGCUCCUGUCCCUAGACGUACCACAGCCUCAGUACAGACAGAGACCACAGUCCAAGUCCAGCUCCUGUCCCUAGACAUACCACAGCCUCAGUACAGACAGAGACCACAGUCCAAGUCCAGCUCCUGUCCCUAGACGUACCACAGCCUCAGUACAGACAGAGACCACAGUCCAAGUCCAGCUCCUGUCCCUAGACGUACCACAGCCUCAGUACAGACAGAGACCACAGUCCAAGUCCAGCUCCUGUCCCUAGACGUACCACAGCCUCAGUACAGACAGAGACCACAGUCCAAGUCCAGCUCCUGUCCCUAGACGUACCACAGCCUCAGUACAGACAGAGACCACAGUCCAAGUCCAGCUCCUGUCCCUAGACGUACCACAGCCUCAGUACAGACAGAGACCACAGUCCAAGUCCAGCUCCUGUCCCUAGACGUACCACAGCCUCAGUACAGACAGAGACCACAGUCCAAGUCCAGCUCCUGUCCCUAGACAUACCACAGCCUCAGUACAGACAGAGACCACAGUCCAAGUCCAGCUCCUGUCCCUAGACAUACCACAGCCUCAGUACAGACAGAGACCACAGUCCAAGUCCAGCUCCUGUCCCUAGACGUACCACAGCCUCAGUACAGACAGAGACCACAGGAGGAAGGCGGUGUGGGCACUGACUGAGCGCUUGUUCCCUCUCUCCUCCCAAUCCUCCCCCUCCUCCCCCACAUACCCUUCCCCCCCCUCUCUCUGGGGGUGGCGACCCCCCCGCUCCCCCACUCCCCCCUGCUCAGCCAGCCGAGGUUUUGCUCCCCGCAGCCGACUACCCAGCAGCCCAAUGACUGCCAUCUCGGAACAAGAGGGGGAGGGGGAGGGCGAAUCACUGGAGGGCGAGGGGUCGGCCGAGACCAUCGAAUUGGCCCACAAUUCAUACAAGACUUUUUGGAUUGGUCAAGCUCACUGAAGGACAGGCUGAGGCUACCAAUGGCAGCCUUGAUUGGCAGGAGUGCAGGACCAUGGAGAGACACAAGGCCCUGUUCUCCCUCCCCCCCAUCUCUCUCCCUGGAGGGCAGCGUAUGGAGCACCAGAAGGGUCUCACUGGCCUGCUCAUACCCAGUACAGAGGCUCCCGUCUGGGGCUAAGGGACUUUACGUAUCCUGCACACAUGGGGGAAACUGUUGGAAGUCAAACAAUACUGGAACUGAAACAUACUGGCCUCCAGACUGGCUGUUGUACGGGAUGAUUGUCUCUGUUAAUAGAUUACAGGACAGCGUGAAUGUUGUUGUUUUCUGACCUGUUGCUUCAGUCCUCGAUCUAGUUUUAGCAUGUAGCGGUAUACAGUUUGAUGAUUAAGAAUACAACAUUAAACUAUAUAUUUUAAAAAGGUAUUCCGAGGUUUCAGUUACCAAAGACAACAUGUCACUCCCAGUGAAUCGGCAGCAAGGGGGCAUGUCUGAGAAUGUGUCCUUGAUUAUGAUUGUCCUGUUGUUUGGAAUCAUGAUUGGAGGAAUGGAAUCUAAAGUUAUCCUAUAUUUAUAUUAUUUUUUACUGCUUAAUCCUCUUUAAAUACUCUGUUCACUUGUCAUUUGACUAUAAAAAAAAUAUAUAUAAUCUAGUAAGUACAUGCUUCACUGUACAUUGCAGGGUUCUCAUCUCAUUUCUAUAAAGUAACUUCUGUCUCCUUUAUAUUACCAUAACUUAAUACCUGGACUUUGUACAUUUUAUAACAGGUGAUUUGGGUAGAGGGGUUGUGUGUGUGUUUUCUAGUGUAUUCAUUUGAGAACUGUGAAGAAAAUGGGGCCCAUUGUGUAUCAGAGUUAUCACCUGUGCUAGAUAUGCGGUUAGGGGUUAGAGGUAAGGGGUCAGGGGUAAAAUGUGGAGAGAUUGAGUAUCUAUGGAAGAUAUGACAUAUCUAGAGGGAUGAAGUGAGGUGGGAGAGAGAGAGAGAGAGAGAGAGAGAGAGAGAGAGAGAGAGAGAGAGACAGACAGA